GCUUCAGUAUUUACCGAAUGUGACAAGCAGAGAGAAGAGCUUUCGGUGGGGCCGCUUGCUGCCCGGCUCAAGUGGUGGGAGAGCUCCCUACCCGCAACCUUUCUGACUAUCCCGUUGGCAAAGACCCGCAGGCCAUGAGGACUGGUCAAAGACGGUGAGAGGACGUGAAAGGGUAAAUCCCUGUGCCCCGCAGUCUUAUCUCCCGCCCUGACGUCCCUGCACACCAGCCAGAGGGUUAACCGUAAGCGGGUGCCUGUAUGGCCGCUUUACUGAUGCCACGCAGGAACAAAGGGAUGAGGACUCGACUGGGAUGCCUGUCUCACAAGUCCGACUCGUGUAGUGAUUUCACAGCUAUUCUUCCCGACAAACCUAACCGUGCUCUAAAGAGACUAUCCACGGAAGAAGCUACGAGGUGGGCAGAUUCCUUUGAUGUGCUUCUCUCCCAUAAGUAUGGGGUGGCUGCGUUCCGCGCCUUCCUGAAGACGGAGUUCAGUGAAGAGAACCUGGAGUUCUGGUUGGCCUGUGAGGAGUUCAAGAAGACCAGGUCAACUGCAAAACUUGUCUCCAAGGCCCAUAGGAUCUUUGAAGAGUUUGUGGAUGUGCAGGCUCCGCGGGAGGUAAACAUAGACUUCCAGACCCGAGAAGCCACAAGGAAGAACAUGCAGGAACCGUCCCUGACUUGCUUUGACCAAGCCCAGGGAAAAGUACACAGUCUCAUGGAGAAAGACUCUUACCCCCGGUUCCUGAGGUCCAAAAUGUACUUAGAUUUGCUGUCCCAGAGCCAGAGGCGGCUCAGUUAGACCUCAGAUGGGGACUCUUGGAGAUCACCGGCUUUCCCCUCCCCUUGCUGCCAAGACCAUAUUCUAAUGUGAAAUGUCAUAGGUGUUCAAAAGCAGUGGCCUUUAGAUUGGGAGCCCGGGAGUGAGGAAGGGAUGAAGGGCCAUUCCAAAGUAUGAUCCAGCCACCAGAGCUCGGACUCUAUUCCAUUAACCCAUGUUUGUGUUUUGGUUAGUGGUAGCACCUUGUCGCUGUCACCCUUCUCUGGGUCGGCAACUUGCCCUCCAUAAUGCCUUGGGUCAUCUCCACUGAGAAGGCAGAUAUGCCAUGCUGGGCUAAUCUGUAAAUAAUGCAAAUGCAAUUUCCACCACUUCCACACCCUCCUCAGUUAGGACUCUCGACUCUCUUAACUUGUCCUAUACUCUUAUGAGGAAGAGCUAGAAGACUCUGGCUUACGUCUGUGAUUUGCCAUCACAAUGUAAUAGCCGGUCCCGCGUGCUGGGACCUCACGGUUUAGGAGAGAGGUCUCAGUGGAAUCCCAGGUUUCUAGCACUGUCACUGAUAGGUGGCCUCUGAGAGAAGGGGCACACUCCACGGAGUUGGCUGUUUCUUCCAUUUGCAUAAGACCAGUGUCACUGUCCAUCUCAGCCUA